CCUGUGCAUAGAGGGCAUUACAGAUACAAGUACAUGACAGACAGGAUGGAUGCUUCAGUGGAAAAACCGUCUGGUCCUGCAGACAUGGAGGUUUCCAGUGACAAGCUUUUCUGCUGCAGGGGGGUUCGCAACAAGGUCCCUCUGACCUACAGAGAGGAACUGUAUCACAUCCUGAGGAUGACGGGGCCUCUGCUGCUGUCCCGAAUCCUCAAUUACAUGCUUCCGUUUGUGGUUACAAUGUUCUGUGGCCGUCUGGGAAAUGAUGUGAUGGCUGGCUAUGGAUUAGCUUCUGCUACCAUUAACGUGAGCACAGCAGCGACAGGCACUGGUCUGGCACUGGCGUGUGAUACUUUGGUGUCUCAGACCUUUGGUGGUAAGAACCUGCUGCGUGUGGGAGUGAUCCUUCAGCGAGGCAUCAUUAUCCUGCUAUUGUUCUGUCUCCCCUGCUGGGGUCUCCUCAUUAAUGCAGAGGCCAUCCUCUUAUGUCUGGGCCAGGACCCUGAGGUGGCCAGAAUAGCUCAGCUGUAUAUUACAGCCUUCCUUCCUGCAGUGCCGGCAAUGUUUCUACAUCAUCUUCAGGUGUCUUAUCUACAGAACCAGGGAAUAAUAUUGCCACAAAUGUACACUGCUGCUCUGGCAAACCUUGCAAACGUGGUGACAAACUACAUCUUUCUUUACUGGCUGGAUCUUGGUGUUGGUGGCUCUGCAGCAGCCCACACUCUAGCUUGGAUUUACAUCUGCGCUUUUCUGUUUGUGUACAUCUGGUGGAAGAAACUCCAUGUAUCAACAUGGGGAGGCUGGUCUGCAGAAUCACUGCAGGAGUGGGGCUCCUACAUGAAGCUGGCCAUUCCCAGUACCUUAAUGACUUGUUUUGAGUGGUGGGUUUAUGAGUUUGGAGGAUUCUUUGCAGGAAUGCUGGGUGAAGAUGAGCUGGCAGCUCAACAUGCUGUGAUAAUGGUGGCUUUCAUUACUUACAUGUUCCCUCUUGGUGUGCAAGCUGCAGCAUGUGCCCGUGUGGGCAAUGCUCUUGGGGCUGGAGACACCGACAGGGCGAUUCUGUCAGCCAAGAUGUCACUGGCUCUUGCAGGUAGUUUUGCAGUUGUUGAAGGCCUCUUCCUGGGUGCUACUAAAACAGUUAUUGGAUUCAUCUUCACAUCUGAUGAAAAAAUCGUAGCUCUGGUGUCACAGCUGAUGAACGCUUAUUGUUUCCUUCAAUUUUUUGAUGGCCUUGUGUGUGUGUGCACAGGCAUCUUCUUGGGUACUGGCAAACAGAAGAUACCAGCUGUGGCUAAUCUCAUUGGAUACUACUGCAUAGGGCUUACAUUGAGCAUCACUCUGAUGUUUGUUGUAAAACUAGGAGUGCUAGGUUUUUGGCUUGGACUGCUCAUUUGUGUCGUCUUACAGUCCACCUUUUACAUCAUUGUCAUCUUCAAGCUGAACUGGAAGAGAAUGACAGAUGAGGCUGUGAAACGAGCUCAGAAAAAGACUUACAUGACAGCAUUAGGCACAGAUGUUGUUUCAGACGUUGGCCAAACAUCAAGUAAUGGGAACUCAGUAGAUGGCUACACACCAGUGAGUACCAAGUGCCAAGCGACACAGAGCGAACACGUGGACCACGACCCGAAGAGCAGCCAUCUCUCCAUCACUCAGCUGAUCAUCAGGCGAGGCCUCACUAUGUUUGCAGCAGUUGGACUUCUUGCUGUGGGAGCAGGUGUGUACUUCCUUGUGCCUUUGCCAGAGACGCUACCUGCAAACUCUACAAUGGACUGGAUCAAUAGUACAGAUACUCCUGAUCAAAUCUCCACCAGUGUGCUGGUCACAUUAGAAGAGAUGGCAUAAAAACACAGUGUUAGGCUCUUGCAGAAUGAUUGUCUUGGAUUGUCUCAGGACCCAACUGUAACAGAUGUGAUUCAAAAAUGAAGUGGAUUAAUGGUGUUGGAUACAUUUCAUUUUCUUCAAAUUAUCAUCAUUAUUAAGUAAUAAAUGACCUAUUUCAUCACAAAGUGAUGAAUGUAUAUCUGAUUGUUUUAUCAGCAUUUUGUUUUUAAGAAUACAUUUCAACAUUUGCUAAGUAUAAAUUCUGCCUGGAGAUGAAAAUUAAGCUUUGGUCUAAUGACCAAAGAAAUAAUGUUGUUGACAGAAAUGUAAAUAGAUGUCCCAUUUUAAUUAUUAAAAAACAACAUUCUAGGUUGAA